GGCGGUGCACGGGGGAGUGGGGAACGAGGCGCCCGUUGUGCCGUCCAGGGGGCCCUACUAAGCGGGCCCCCUGGGGAACAAGCGGGACGCGAAGGGUGCACGCCUCUCCCCCAUCGCGCAUCGCCCUCCCGUGGAGCAGCGCCCGAGGGGGGGGGGACCCACGCUGAGGCCCGCAUGAACGUGCACCUGAAGGACUACAACAUGGGUGUCUUCCACUGCGGCGUGGAGGUGCUCGGCGACGAGUGGUUCUUCGCGUGGGGCGACAGCAGCUACUCUGGAGGGUCCUCCGCAACGAGCCCCAGUUGCACCAGGUGCACAUUUUUCGGGAGUCGCUGUUCAUGGGCGAGUCCCCGCUGGGCGAGGAGGAGAUUCGCAACGUCCUCGCGGAAGCCAUGGACACGUGGCCCGCCAACUCGUACCACCCCAUCUGCAGGAACUGCGUGACCUUCGCGGAGGACCGGCUCGUCAGGUUGCUGCGGGCGCCGGGGCCGUUCCCGGCGUGGGCGCGCGGCGCCGCCGAGGCCGCCAAGGGGCCCGUGCUCCUCGCGAUGGCCGACGCAGCGUGGGAGUGGGUCAAGUGGUACGUCGCGGAGCCGCCGGACGUGGACGAGCUGCCUGCGGAAGACCCGCACGGGCCGAGACGGGCCCGCGCCGCCGACCCCCUCUGCUGAGGGCCGGGGGUGGUUGGCGCCGCUGUGCUGCUCCUGCGGCAGGGUGCCCGCGGUAACCGCCUGGCUCGCUCGCACUCCUCCUUCUCUUAUGGGGCCCCCUCUCGAAGUCUUGCCGUCGCGCUAGCAUGCCCCGCGUGUGGCGCCGCAGAUCGCCAGCGCGAGCGGCGCGAUAGUUUCGCCACGUGUUGCGUUGUGUCUCGUGUUUCACCCUUCUCUUCUCGGACCUGUUUGUUCUGGUGGCUGGCCAAUCCAGAGGAGGAGGAGAAGGUGACCGCUCCCUUCCCUGCGCGUGCGCGGAUGACCCACGCGCGCCGCCGGCGCAGA